AUGCCAGUAAAUAAUAAGGAUUCUCAGUACUGCUAUUAUGGUGAAACUCAGAGAAUGCAGCCAUACUAUUGGGUGGUACCCAGGGUCCACAUACUACCACAUAGUAACAUGGAGAAGGCUCCCAGGGGCCACAUACUAACACAUAGUAACAUGGAGAAGGCUCCCAGGGGCCACAUACUAACACAUAGUAACAUGGAGAAGGCUCCCAGGGGCCACAUACUACCACAUAGUAACAUGGAGAAGGCUCCCAGGGGCCACAUACUACCACAUAGUAACAUGGAGAAGGCUCCCAGGGGCCACAUACUACCACAUAGUAACAUGGAGAAGGCUCCCAGGGGCCACAUACUACCACAUAGUAACAUGGAGGAGGCUCCCAGGGGCCACAUACUACCACAUAGUAACAUGGAGGAGGCUCCCAGGGGCCACAUACUACCACAUAGUAACAUGGAGAAGGCUCCCAGGGGCCACAUACUACCACAUAGUAACAUGGAGAGGCUCCCAGGGGCCACAUACUACCACAUAGUAACAUGGAGGAGGCUCCCAGGGGCCACAUACUACCACAUAGUAACAUGGAGAAGGCUCCCAGGGGCCACAUACUACCACAUAGUAACAUUGAGGAGGCUCCCAGGGGCCACAUACUACCACAUAGUAACAUGGAGAAGGCUCCCAGGGGCCACAUACUAA